CAUGAGUCAGCGUCGACGCGCAGCAGCUAAACACUCUGAUGAUUAUCAAUAUAUUCCUCUCUCCUGUCUUCCUUAGCAAGUCCUGCUUGAAAGGCCUUAAUUUUUCAUUUAUAUUUUUUUGCAACAUUUUAGAUUAUUUGUCACUCAUUUAUUUCUUAACAAAUCAUGGAUCAGUUUCGUGGGUUAUUUGUCAAACUGGACCAAAACAAUGAUGGCUUCAUAUCGCUGGCAGAGCUUCACAAUGAAAUGAAAAAGCACGGGAUACUCUCAGCGGAUGGUAAAGUCCAGAAUAUUAUUGAUUCUUAUGAUAAAGACAAGGAUGGCCAGUUGGAUUACAAAGAGUUUCUCAGUUACAUGAUGGACAGAGAGAAGAAAUGGAAGAUUCAUUUUCAUGACCUCGACAAGAAUAAAUGUGGUGUCAUUGACCAGGAGGACAUCAUAUGUUUGUUUACGGAGUUAGGAGUGGUCAUUUCAAAGCCGAAUGCAAAAAAAAUUAUACAAAUGAUGGAUAAGGAUAAUUCACUGACUGUGGACUGGAGUGAAUUCCUCCACUAUGUGAUCCUCAACCCUGUGGACAACAUUGGGGAGCUGGUAUCGUCAUGGAAACACAGUUUAGUGUUUGACGUGGGUGAGAGCAGAGCGAUGCCAAUUGAGUUUCCUGAAGAGGCGUCUGGUUUUGGUGCGUGGAGGACGUUUGUCCUUGCAGCUGGACUGGCAGAUGCCGUGUCCCGGACUGUGACGGCACCGAUCGACCGCCUGAAGACUCAACUUCAGGUUCAUGGAUCCAAAGCUUUCUCUCAAGGCUUUCAGGAGGUGAGGUCAGGUGGUCUGCGCUCAAUGUGGCAAGGUAAUGCUGUCAAUGUGCUGAAGGGAACACCACAGUCAACUCUUCAGUGUCUGAUCUACGCCCAGAUGAAAGUUUACACCCAACACAAAACUCAAGAGGCUCUGACGGUGCAGCAGCGUUUCAGUUUGGGCUGUGUCUCUGGUGCUGUUGCUCACGCUGCCUUCUACCCUUUAGAGGUGUUGAAGGUGAGGCUGAACCUGCAGCGGAUCGGCACAUACCAUGGUGUCAUGGCAUGUGCUCAGACUAUUUACAGAAAUGAGUCUUUGUCCUCCAUUUACAGGGGAUUCAAACCAAGCAUCCUCUGUAUGAUCCCUUAUGCAGGCGUGGAGUGUGCAGUUCAUCAGUCAAUCAUGAAUUGGGCAAAAAGUGAUCCUGCUUACAACAGUGAAUCCAAGCUGUUUUUCUUCAGUUUUGUGGCCUUUGCUUCUGGACAAAUAACCAGUUACCCGCUGGCUGUGAUCCGAACUCAACAGCAAGCUCAGGCUUUCAACUCAAAUGCACGUGCAACCUCAAGUGUAUUACAAGGACUUAUUGGGAUAUAUGAAAAUCAUGGAUUUAGAGGAUAUUACAGUGGAAUGGGAGCCAGCUUUGUCAGAGCCAUUCCAUGUGCUUUGAUCAACUACACUUUAACUAGAAAAUUUGAGAAUGUAUUUUCCUCAGUUGAGUCAUGAGUUUGAUUCCCAUGUGUUGAACUAUUUCUUCUGAGGAACACAGACUGGAAUUCUGAAGAAGUACUGAAAUUCUGAAGCUAAAUCUCAAGAAACAAGGAGCAAUUACAGAUUUGUUUUAUGAGUGCGAUUCCAGCUUUUUAUACUUCAGCUACAAGUUUUUGAAGCUUGGCAGCUGAUGACUUACCACUGGCUGAGUGCAUGAGACCAACUCUUUGCCAGUGGAUGCACUACACCUUAAAGAGUCCGGACGCAUGGUUAUCUUGAAGUAUAAAAUGUGACUAAGUGUAGCAAUAACCCUAAACAGGGUAGUUUAAUAUUAGAGUGUUUUAUCAUGUCAGCUGUAAAAUAAAAUGUUAUUUACAUGGGUUGAUGCUAAUUUUUUCCAUUUAACUGUGAAGUUGUUAUGAACAUUUGACAAAGAUUACAGGGCAAUGGAGAUUAAUUGCUACAUUUUCAUACUCACCUGAAGCCAACUUUAGACAAUACUGUGUUGGUAGAAUCAGGAGAAAUGCCAGUAGAGGUCAGAAAAGACAAACUUAAAUCUGCUCAUAGGAUUAAACUCAGAGGAUAUGGGAAGGAAAAUAUACAAAGAAAAUAUUAACAAUGCUUACCAAUUUAACAGCUGUAAAACCUCUUGUUACCCCAUGUAUAUUUUCUUGAGGGACCACUUUCAUAAUUGGACCAAAAGGCACUUCAGCUAAAGGCUCAAUUUGUAAAAGAGG